CAAGUUGUUUCCUCCUUCCCUCCAACUGAUAAACCCUGUUUUCUCUCUCCUAUCCAUAUCUUCACCUCUCCUUAUAUAACAACACAGAGAUCAAGUCUCUAACCUAUCCCCUACUCCAUCUCCUCUCUUUCUCUCUCAUAUUCUCAAUUCUCUCCCAUAUUCUUCAUCUUAGGAACAAACAAACAAAUCCAGUCUUUCUAAACCCCUCUGUCAUGGCCUACGAAAUUGGAGGAGUCAGAUAUGAAGAGGAAUUCGUACUGAAUUCGAGAGGAAUGAAGUUUUUCACAUGCAGAUGGCUGCCUGCAAACUGUGAACCGAAAGCUUUGAUCUUUCUCUGCCAUGGUUAUGCCAUGGAGUCCAGCAUCUCAAUGAAAGGGACUGGAACAAGGCUAGCAAAAGCAGGAUAUGGAGUUUAUGGAAUGGAUUAUGAAGGGCAUGGGAAAUCAUCUGGGCUUCAGGGAUACGUCCCUAACUUCGAUGAUGUUGUUACAGAUUGCUCCGACCACUACUCAAGAAUCUCUGAGAAGAAGGAAAACAUGGAAAAAUUGAGAAUUUUGAUGGGAGAAUCAAUGGGAGGAGCAGUGGCACUUUUGUUGCACAGGAAGAAGCCUACCUUCUGGGACGGUGCCGUAUUGGUUGCACCCAUGUGUAAGAUAGCAGAUGAUGUUAGGCCACCGGCACUCGUGGUUAACCUCUUGACAAAGCUCUGCCGUAUCAUUCCUACAUGGAAAAUCAUCCCUACUCCAGAUAUUAUUGAUGUUGCUUUCAGAGAUCCUAAAGUUAGACAAGAGAUUCGAUCAAACCCUUAUUGCUACAAAGGAAGGCCACGCCUUCUAACCGGCAAUCAACUUCUAAAAGUCAGUUUAGAUCUGGAGCAAAGACUUGAAGAGGUUUCAAUGCCAUUCCUAAUAGUCCAUGGGGCAGAGGACAAGGUGACGGAUCCAUCAGUGAGCAAUCUGCUCUACAAAUCAGCUUGUAGCAAAGACAAGAGCUUCAAAUUGUAUCCAGGGAUGUGGCAUUCCCUCACAUAUGGUGAAUUACCAGAAAACAUUGACGUUGUUUUUGAAGAUGUUACUUCGUGGUUGGAUGACAAAGUUGCAAUGAGAGAGACACAGUUGGAGCAUGAACAGAAGUUUGAGAAUGAUGAAUUGCUCAAGGGAAAAUCUGCAAUAGAAACUGUUUAGAUUAAUGAAACUCAAUUGGCUUCAAUUGGGUUACCAAUGGAAAUGGAGAAAGCUUCCCAGUAUAGUUUGUAUUUUGCUUAUAUGUUCAAACUGGCAGUGCCAUGGACAUGGAUCCAUACGUAAAUUUUUCUGGAACCAUUCGAUGCAAACAAGUGAAUUCCACAUGAUGCACGUGUGAGCUGCUGCAUCAAACUAUUGUGCCUGAAGUUGUAUCCAAACACUUGUAUUCACACACACAAAAAAAGUUAUAUGCUCGGUAGAAGGGAUUAAACUAGGCAUCUGUCAAAUAAGAGAAUGCCUCAUCCACUGGAUCAACUUGUUGCCUUUGGUAUUUGUAUUACUACAAUUGUGUAUAAUUCUUCCCUAGUUGCCUUCGGCUAGGAGUGAAUAUCUUGAGGGUAAA